AUGUGUUUAAAAGGCACUCAGAAAGCUGCGCAAGAAAAUCAAAGUAUGUGAGUUGGCAUAGAAAAAUGUAGUUGGUAUCCCUGAAGUGUCACAAAAAUAAAUGACGUGUGUAAGUGUGUAACCUUUUUAUUUGUUUUUAAUAAAAUAAUAAUGAAUAGUAAUUAGUCUCAUUUAAAACUAAUUAACGCAGAAUUUAGCCUCAAAAUGGAACCUAGCGAAGAUAUGUGCAAAAGCCUGGCUAAAUGGCUCCAGAAGAUAGUUCCCAACAAAACCAGAACAAUCCCAGAAAUAUGUGAUGGUGUGGGAAUGUUGGAUGCUUUGCUCCAAAUUUCCCCGGAAAAUUUUGGCAAACUUGAAUCAAAAAUCAAAAGGGACGUUGGGGCUAAUAAUUGGAGACUACGAAUAAGUAAUUUAAAAAAAGUUGUCGAAGCUGUGAUAGAGUAUUACCAAGAUGUUCUUACAUUACAAGUUCUAGAAACGGGGGUACCAGAUGUUGUUAAAAUUGGGGAAAGUAACGAUCCUGUGCAAUUAGCUAAGCUUUUGCGAUUAAUAUUGGGUUGUGCAAUAAAUUGUGACAAGAAGCAGGAAUAUAUAACUAUGAUUAUGGAGAUGGAAGAAUCCAUUCAACAAAACAUAAUGCAAGCUAUUCAACAACUUGAAGAAGUUACAGGGGGACCAGGUCGUUCUGGUUUAAGUCUUCUAAUUUUAGAUAGUGAUACAAGGGUUAUGAAACUAGUUAGUGAUCUUGAAUCAUCCAAUAAGUCAAGAGAAGCCUUAACGCAGCAAGUACAAAAUCUAGAACAACAAUUGCAGUCACUUUUAGAUGAAAAGAAAAUGUUACAAGACCAGCAUCUUGCUAUGUUAGAAAGGGAAGCUAAAAAUCCUCAAGAAAAUAUAAGAAAACAACUGGAAUCAUUGAAAGAAGAACUUUUUAAAUCAGAAGUCAUUAGAGAUGAUUUUAAAGCUAAGCUGUUUGAACAAGAGAAACAAAUUCUUACUUAUCAAGAAAAAAUUAGUGAAUUACAAAUUGCUGCCAAUGAAUCUGCCAAAUUAAAAGAUGAAAUAGAUGCACUUACAGAGUCAGCAGGUAAGGUUGUAGACUUGGAAUUAGCUCUCGUGUCUUACAAAAAAAGGUUAGAAAAUUACCAGGACAUUAAAAGAAAUUUACAAAAAUUAGAAGAAAAAAAUAUGGAACAUAUCCAAAAAAAUAUGGAACUAGAAGAAGAGUUAUCAAAAAACAGUACAUGGAAAGCACAGUGUGAAGCUUAUAAAAGCCAAAUAGUAGAACUACAGCAAAAAUUAGAUGAAGAAACUCAAAGGUCUGAUAAAGCAACCUUUAAUUUAGAAAAAAUCAAAGGAAAGUUAGUAACUUUGCAAGGAGAAAAAGAGAGAUUAAUUUUAGAAAGAGAUAGUUUAAGAGAAGAAAAUGAAGAAUUGAAACUAGGUCCAAAAGGUGAAAAUGGUGCAGCGGUAUCUCAAGAAUUAACACCCACAGAAAUGGAAAAGAGAUUAAAACUUCUAGAAAAAGAAAACAAAUCCCUUAGAAGUUCUAGUCAGGAAAUGGAAUCUAAACAAGUCCAGCUAGAAAGUUCUUUAAAUAGGAUAGAAAAACUUCAACAAAAGAAUAGAACAUUAAACCAAACAGUAUUAAAAUUAGAAGCACAAAUAGAAGAAAUGAAGAUUCAACAAUCUGAGACCCAAGGUACCUCCAGUAGCAGUUCAAUAGCUAAAGAAUACAGGCAGAAGAUAGUGCAGUUACAAGAAAAUUUAGCUUGCAAGGAAAAUGAAUUGCAAUCUAUACAAACUAAAUACAAUAGAAGUUUGGAAAAGGCCAGAGAAGUAGCACAGCACCUUGAGCUUAAAUCUAAUGGUGAUGUAGAUAAUUCUUUAAGACAAUCAAAUUUAAGGGAGCUAGAAGAAAGAUUAUUAACAGCCGCUUUCCAUAGAUUAAGCUUGAAUUGUCACAGAGAAACCAUUGAUGAGAGGCUAAGUGUUCUAAAUGGAGCCCAAGGCCAGUCAUUUUUAUCUAGACAAAGACAACCCACACCAAGAAAACCAAUUCAGAGGUUUAAGUCAAAGUAAUAUUUUUAGUUUGUUGUAGUGUGAAAAUUUUAUUUUUUUGUAGAUAUUGUGUGGAGUUUUAAUAUUUUUGUUAUUUUAAAAAUGCAAUGAAAAAUUAAGUCAAUGUUUUAAUUGGUUGUAUUUUUUUUUAAAUUGUGUUUUUGAAGAUAUUUUGUUGACAUAAUUUUUCUAAAUUAUUAGACUUUUGAGCAAACAAAUAAGCAGUAGUAUACAGGGUGAGUUAAUAGGAGAUUAUGUAAGA